AUGAAAGGAAAAAUCGCCCUAGAAGAAGCCUUCGCACUCCCCCGCCACACGGAAAAAACCCAAUGGUGGGCCAGCCUCUUCGCCGUCGACCCGCGCAAACACACCCAAGAAAUCAACGACAUCAACAUCCUCCGAAUUUCCCUCAUGGACAAAUAUAACGUAGGCUACAAAAUCCUCUCCUACACAGCUCCGGGCGUCCAAGACAUUUACUCCCGGCCCGAAGCCGACGCUCUGGCCCGCGAAGUCAACGACCAUUUAGCUCGAGAAAUCAGCGGCUUCGAGACCCGUCUGGGAGGUUUUGCGACGUUAUCAAUGCAUGAUCCUGUCACCGCCGCCGAAGAAUUACGGAGAUGUGUGACGCAAUUUGGAUUUAAAGGGGCUUUGAUCAAUGAUACGCAACGCACAGAUGCCUCUGGCUCGGAAAUGAUAUUUUACGAUACACCCUCUUGGGAUGCGUUUUGGUCUGUUGUGCAGGAAUUAGAUGUUCCAGUAUACCUCCAUCCUCGCAACCCGACAGGAGUGUUUUAUGAGAAAUUGUGGGAGCCGAGAAAAUGGUUAAUUGGGCCUCCGUUGUCGUUUGCGCAAGGGGUGAGUUUGCAUUUAUUGGGAUUGGUGACGAAUGGAGUAUUUGAUAGAUUUCCGAAGCUGCAAGUGAUUGUGGGGCAUUUGGGUGAACAUUUACCGUUUGAUUUGUGGAGGAUUAAUCAUUGGUUUGAGGAUGUGAAGAAGCCGUUGGGGUUGGGGUGCAAAAAGACGAUUAGAGAGUAUUUUCGGGAGAAUGUCUGGAUUACGACGAGUGGACAUUUUUCUACGAAUACGCUGGAGUAUUGUAUUAGGGAGAUUGGGGCCGAGAGGAUUUUGUUUUCGAUUGAUUAUCCGUUUGAGUCGUUUGAGGAUGCGUGUGGGUGGUUUGAUGGUGUGCAGUUGGAGGAGAAGCUUGGGGGGGAGAAGGCGGUGAAGGCGAUUGGGAGGGAUAAUGCGGCGAGGUUGUUGAAGUUGAAGGGGUUUAAGGAUGAGGAGGCGUAG